AUGCAGACACUGCAUUUCUUUCUCUUCUCUGCCUACCCACUCUCUCAGGAAGAUGCAGUGAACCUGCUUUUCCUUUCUUUUUCUUUGUUUUCUGUUCCAGAGUUGAAAGAUGUUUCAGCUUCUGUGAUUCGUGCUUGUUUCUUGCCACCUCUCCCUCUUUCCACCUCUCCCUCUUGCCACCUCUCCCUCUUUCCACCUCUCCCUCUUUCCAUCUCUCCCUCUUUCCAUCUCUCCCUCUUGCCACCUCUCCCUCUUGCAUGCUUAUUUAUUUCAGUUUUCUUUAAAUUAGGACCUUCACAUUCCUGCAUUUCUCUUCUUUUGAAUUCUUCCACAAGUAUAUUUUGCUUUCAUCCUCACAUUUGCCUUCUCGGUGAAGUCCUCACAGGGAAUGACCACUCAAGCCAAGAUGUCUACCAUAUUUGGUGCAGAAAAGCAGAAGUUUGCACUGACCCCUGCUUUCCUCUUUCACAUGAUGUGACCAUGAUCAUGAGUCAUGUAACCUAA